GUUGAGCCAAUUCUGUGGAGAAGAAGAAAGAAAGAUGUAGAGGUGCUCAUAGAUUGUUCCUACUCAAGUGCCGGCCACUUAACACCCUCCGAGAUGCUCAACCGACAGCCCGACUACAACAUCUCCGAUCUGGGCUAUCCCUGGCCAUGCGAGUCCCACAUGAAGAUGCGAAGAAAGCUCCCAAAGGCCUGUGGCAUGCCUCCGGCAUCGCCCAGCCGCCUGCUGCCCAUGCGGGAGACGCUCAACGACUACUUCCAGCGGCUGAUCAGGCAGGAGGAGGACCAGGAUGACCUGCAGGCCCGACAGAAGCACCACAAGAAUCAGUGGAACGAACAGCAACGGAGGCGCAAUCAAAAAUGUCGAGAUAAAGGGGAGACGGCCACAGCCACAGGCACAGCCACAGCCACAACCACAGCGACGACGACGACGAUGUCGACUUGCGAUUUGAACAAUUUCUGAUGAAGAUACGGAUGGUACACGAGGGGGUAAUACGAGUACAGUAGGGGGAGCAACUAAUUUAAAGCCGACUGAUUAAAAGUGCUACAAUAAACACACCUUUUUGCCUAGAACUUUAAGUACAUUAAGCGUUAAGUAAAGAAGAAUAGAACCCGAUAAACACUUAAUUUUAA